AUGACGGACCAAGUUGCGCAUAAUCGCCUUGAUUACCUGUGGGCUGCUGCAGUUGCCGAGAACGACCUCGCCUUCAACGUCAGCAAGUCGAAAUCGAUUCAGGCGUUCGUUGACGCGGUGAUCAUGUACGCGAAACCGUAUACCCUCCCAACCCCGUACAAGGUAUCCGGCCCAUUGCUGGACAAGCUGAAGGCGGACUCCGAGGACCUGCUGCGGCCGCUGAAGGAGAGCUGGAAGACCAGCGGGUGCUCGCUCUCCGUCGAUGGAUGGACGGACAUCAAAUCCCGCGGUUUUGUGUGUGUCAUCGCGCAAAAUGACACCGCACCCGUCAUCGUCGACAUCGUUGACUCGAAGACCGUAAAAAAAACCGGGGACUACUUGGCAACGCUUAUUCAGGGAGCGAUCACCACUGUGGGGCCGAAGCAUGUCGUCCAAGUCGUGAUGGAUAACGCUUCGAACAACAAAAACGCCGCCAGCAAGCUAAGCGCGGAUUAUCCCCAUAUCUUCUUCACCAACUGCGCCGCCCACUGCCUCGACCUCAUGCUGCACGACAUCGGCAAGAUCCCUGCGGUGAAACUCGUCCUUUCCCAAGUGCAUCAGGUCGUGAUGAUGAUCAAAGGCGCCGCCUCGGCCGUGGUCUUGUUCCGUGAGCUUUUUACCAAGCUCUCGUUGGUGCGGCCUGGUGCAACGAGAUUUGGCACCCAGGUCAUCAUGCUCGGCAGGUUCCUUGAGGUGAAGCGCGCGUUGAGGGCGAUGGUAAUCAGCGAGGAAUGGGAGGAUGUAGCGGUGGCACGGACGGAGGAGGGGAUGGAGGUUAGGAAGCUGCUUUUGGACGACGUUUUUUGGGACUGUGGGACGGCCGUGCACCGCCUCAUGACUCCCAUCUACGAGGUUCUCCGCGCCGUCGACACACGGGCUCAAGUCAUGGGGCAGCUGUACGGCCUCAUGCUUGAAGCCAUGGUGAAGACUAAUGCGGCGGCUGAGACGGCUGCCGCACACUUCAUCAAGCGGACGGGUCUGCUGUUGCCUAAGGACAGGAGCACUUUCCUCACCUCCAUCAAGGCGAUCAUUGCCAGGAGGUGGGACGCACAACUGCACAACCCCCUGCAUGCCAUCGGUUGGCUCCUCAACCCCCGUAACCAGUACAUUGGGGAGGUAAGGAAUGACAAGGAGAUUAGGAAGGGGGUGGAUGAGGUAAUCCAGGCCCGGGGCGGAGAUGUGCAGCAGCGCAUAACGCUAGCUGCACAGGUGGCUCAGUUUCACCGAGGGGAGGGCAGGUUGGGCUCUGACGAUGCCCGUUGGGGAGCAACUACCUUGGUGGAGGCGGGGCACAUGACGGAGGCGGAAUGGUGGUUCCUGUUUGGUGGGGAGGUGCAGGCGCUCCAAGACCUGGCUGUGACGUCUUUGUCACAGCCAGUCACCUCCUCCGAAGUGGAGAGGUACUGGUCGGCGCUGGCACGUGUGCAGAGGCGCGACCGGAACCGCCUCACGGCGAAGAAGAUGACUGACGUCACCUUCGUCGCCUUCACCCGGCGGGCCCGUGAUGCCUUUGAUCGAAAGGCAGCCCUGCGUUCCAAGCUCUAUCAGGACCUGGGCAACGGCACCCUCAGGGAAGGGGCUGCCAUCAUCCCGGCCGAAGUGGAGGUGGAGGAAAGGGAUGCGGAGGAGGAGGCACCCGUGGAGGAGGAAUGCACCAUUGAUUGGUCGGAAUUUGGGAGCAUCGGCAAGAAGAGGAAAGGGAAGGCGGUCUCCUCAUGGCUUGCUGCUUCCUUCCCUCUCACAAUCCCGUGGCAUGCGCAGGGCGUGGGGGGCGGCUUGAGGGGCAAAGGAGAGGCAGGCAAGGCAUCGGAAACAACGUGGUUUCCGCUGCCAAUGAAGGAGUACGACAGCACGCUGGUCUCAACGGCCAACGGCACAAUGGGCAACACCAUGGUCAACUACAGCACCUUCGCCGGCGGCAACGACAAGAUCCGCCUCCCGUAUGCAUGCGCCAGCGUCGUGCACGUGUACCCGUACUACGUGAAUCUCAAGCUGGGGUCGCAGAAGCAGGAGUUCAGCAUGGCGCUCAACCUGUUCCUGCCGCACACCUUUGUGCCCUGCAACUGUCUGCAAUGCGGCUCCAUGCGCAAGGGGGUGCGUGGGGUUCCGCCCUCCCCACACUCCUCCCGCGCGGGGGAGUGCGGAGCUCGAAUGAGAACCACCUACAGCAAGCCCUUCAGCACGCUUUCCUCCUCGACCCUUGAGUACAUCUCCUGCGCCGACCAGCGCUGCCAGAAGGGUGUUGAAUCCGGCUACUACGGCUGCAACACGGAGGGGCUGGCCAACUACCUCAACCUCACGGGCGUACUGCCUGGGGACGACGCUCUCUGCGUGUAUGAUGCGAAUGCAGGAAACUACGACUACUAUGAAGCGGACUGGGAAGCUGUUGAGAACGGAACAGGAUCGUACCUUGAGUCAGUGGGGCAUGUGGUGCAGGACACGGUCUACCUCACUGCACCUGACGGUACCGAAGUCAACCGCUCCAUCAUUCUUGGCUGUGGAGUGAAUCAGAUGGGUCACUGGGGCAUGCAGGGGUGGCAGUACGGCUCGUGGUCAGCAGGAGGCGUGCUGGGGUUGGGGUGGAACAGCCCCUUCCUCUAUCAGCUCACCUCUGCCGAAACCCCAGUGUCCUUCGCGGUGUGCUUGGAGGAGCCGACACCGACGAACAAGACGGGGUGGGAUGGCAAGGUGCCGCUGCAGACAGGCAGCAGCCAUCUCGUCAUUGGUGCUUUCGGCCUCACUAAAGGCGCCGCCAACUACACCUACAUGUAA